UUCAAUACCAUCAUUCAAUUCAAAGAGAACAACAUCACAAUAUCAUCCAUUUUUCUACAAACUUACAAAUUGAAAUCUUCAGUUCCAGAUCUUAUUUCAAAUAUGGUUACUUUACAAUUACCCACAAAAAGUUCUCUUUCUUAUUCAAACAAAUUCAUUAUCACAAAAAAUGCAAUUAAUGUUCCUAAAUACCUAAAGUACCCAAAAAUAUCAGUCCCAAAAGUACCAAAUCAAGCUCAAAAACAACUUCUUAUUAAGGAGCUUAAUAAUAAGCUUACUAAUCUCCCUUUGUUGUCAAGAGAAUCAAAACCAAUUACACCCACUAAAAAUGUCCAAAACCAAACAACCAUUAAACUCUAUUAUGCGAUCUUAGAAGAAAUAAGUGAUCGUAUAGAAAUGCACCAAAACAUAUGUAACCAACGUGAGAAUUGGAACUCAUUGUUGUUAAACUCAGUCAACAUGAUCACCUUAACUGCAGUUACCAUGGCAGGACUCGCUGAAGCGAGUGGGCCCCAUGGGUUAGGGUUGAGGGUAUCUUCAACCUUACUGUUUGUUGCAGGCACAGGAAUUCUUCUGAUAAUGAAUAAGAUCCAACCUUCUCAGUUGGUUGAGGAGCAAAGGAACGCGGUGAGGCUGUUUAAGAAGCUUCAACGAAAGAUCGAAACCGGCCUCGCAGUAAGAACACCGGUGCAGAAAGACGUGGAGGAAGCGGUGGCGGAGGUGGUGGCGUUAGAUAGAGCGUAUCCGUUGCCGCUGUUGGGUGCCAUGCUUGAUAAGUUUCCUAAGACUUUGGAGCCAGCUGUGUGGUGGCCGUCUAAAAAACAACAGACAGUAAGUUCAUCAUCAGUUGAUAAUAAUACAUGUUUUUACAACAACAACAAAGGUGAUAAUGAGCAAAAUAAUGGUUGGAGUAAAGAGUUGGAAGAGGAUAUGAGAGAGAUAGUAGGAGUGACAAAGAGAAAAGAUGUUGUAGAUUAUGUUCACUUAGGGAAUAAAGCAUUGAAGUUUAAUAAAAUGUUGGCUGUCUCUGGUCCACUUUUGACCGGCGUGGCGGCCGUUGGGGCUGCUUUUGGUGGUCCAGUGGCAGGCGUUGUUGCCGCGGUUGCCGGAUCGAUGGCAGCUGCUGUAAACACCAUAGAGCAUGGUGGGCAAGUAGGGAUGGUGUUUGAGAUGUACAGGAAUUGUGGUGGGUUUUUUAAGCUCUUAGAAGAGACUGUUGAGUCUACUUUAGAAGAGGGUGAUUUAGGGAAGAGAGAAAAUGGGGAGGUCUUUGAGAUGAAGAUGGCUUUGCAUUUGGGAAGGAGUUUGUCUGAACUAAGAGAUUUAGCUGACAAAUCAAGAAGAAAUGGAGGAUGUGUAGAUGAGUUUGCAAGCAAGUUGUUCUAAUCAUGCACAUAGUUGUCUGAAUUGUAAUUAAAAAAUUCUUUCAUUCUUUUA